GGCCGCCGGGCAGCAGUUCCGACGCUGGGCGCCUCCUGCUCGUCACCGACGCGCAGCCUGUCGGCGGAGAACCACAGCCCGCGCCUGGCCCGACCUGUCGGCGGAGGAUCGCACCCCAGCGACCGCACGGUAGCCAUGGCCGAAGCGGCGCUCGCCCGGCCAGAUGCAGAGAAGAGCUCAUACCUCUACUCCACAGAGAUCACACUGUGGACCGUGGUGGCAGCCAUUCAGGCCUUGGAGAAGAAAGUGGAUUCUUGCCUGGCCCGUUUGCUGACUCUGGAAGGACGCUCAGGGACAGCCGAGAAGAAGCUGGCUGACUGUGAGAAGACAGCUGUGGAGUUCAGCAACCAGCUGGAGGGCAAGUGGGCCAUGCUGGGGACCCUGCCGCAGGAGUAUGGGCUGCUGCAGCGGCGGCUGGAGAAUGUGGAGAACCUGCUGCGCAAUCAGAACUUCUUGGUCUUGAGGCUUCCCCCAGGCAGCAAGGGCGAGGUCCCCAAGGUGCCUAUGACCUUUGAUGACGUGGCUGUGUAUUUCUCUGAACUGGAGUGGGCCAAGCUGGAGGACUGGCAGAAGGAGCUCUACAAGCACGUGAUGAGGAACAACUAUGAGUCUCUGGUCUCCCUGGAUUAUGCCAUCUCCAAACCAGACAUCCUCAUCCGGAUAGAGAGGGGAGAAGAGCCCUGUCCUGCGGACCCUUGGGGUCAGACGGGGAGUGAGGAGGAGACAGCAUGCCCCAGGAAACCGAACGCUGGAAUCCCUCUGAGUCCAGAGCAUGCCCCAAGUCAACCCAGCCCUGCCCAGGAGAAGCCAAAAGAAAGGCAAGCACCUGAGCAGCGGCGGCAGCAAGAGGAAGCGAGAGCUACUCCACCUGAGCCAGACACUGGUGGUGGUGCCGUGACCAUCAAGACAGAAGCCCAGUCUGAGGAUGAACCUGAGCAGCACCUUCUGGAGUCCCCGAGCCCGUCCAUGUAUAGAGUCCACAGAAGGCCCAGGAACAAGACUAGAGGCCCUAGACGGCAUCAUGCCCAGGAAGUGCCUGGGGGAUGGAGUAGGGAACCCCGGGCAGCAGAGGCUACGGAAGAGCCACCCCGUAUCCUUCCUCGACAACGGGAGCGGGCAUUCCCGUGUCCUGACUGUGGGCAGAGCUUCCGCUUGAAGAUCAAUCUGACAAUCCAUCAGCGGACCCACGUCGAAGAGGAGGAACACAGGGAGGCUUGGAGUGGCUUGUCUCUUGGGUCAAGCCACUCCACACUGGAGCCCGGGGAGGUGGUGGUCCCCGGGCCUGUCAUCGGCUGGCUGCCUGAGGAGCCCAUGAGCCACCGUUCCCUGGCAAACAGUGCUUUCAUGGCACAGAGGUCAGCAGCGAAGGUUUACCACUGCAGUGAAUGUCUGCACUCCUUCCAACAACGGAAGACCUUGAUACUGCACCAGCGUCAGCACACAGGCAGCAGGCAAGGCUGGCCUGCCUGUCCCUACUGUGGCAAGGCCUUCCGCCGGCCCUCCGACCUCUUCCGUCACCAGCGCAUCCACACUGGUGAGCGUCCCUACCAGUGCCCCGAGUGUGGCCGGGCCUUCAACAGGAACCACCACCUGACUGUCCACAUGCAGACCCACUCCUGAGCGGGUGGAGCCUGCGAUCCAGCCGCGGGAGCCGUGGAGGAGCAGCUGAGACGCCGCGGGCUCACGGCUCUGCAGACUCCGUCCCUAGGCUAUUCGUCCCGGACGGCCAUCCGAGCCUGGUGCGUGUGGGCCAGGAAGGGCCGUCUGUAG